UUUUGAAUGCAUGUAUUCAAACGCAUUUAUUCGAGUACAUACAUAAAUAUGCACUUCGAUUAGAGUGGUCAUACAAUAUUUCGUAAAAUAGUUGGAGAGGAGUUCAGCAGGAAUAGUUCAAUUUGUGCUGUUUAUUACUAGUAUUAAAUAAAUAAGUAAUAUAACCUUUAUACUUAUUUGAAUCGAAUAGCAGUUUAUUAACUGCAAAUAAACUUCUGGAAAAUACAUAAUUAUUGCAAUGGAGAAAUUGAAUGAAUAUGAAGGUUUUUCUGGUCGACUACAUCAUUGGCGUGAGUCGUUUAAAGAUUUCAUUUUAACACAAAGGGAAAGGGAUUCGACAAACAUCUUUCAAUUUUUUAAAAAUACUGCGAGUAAAAAUUUAAGUGGAAAUAUUAGCGCUACUCAGGAUUUUUCACAUAUAUACAGACAUAAAACUCGCAUGGAGUUGGUGAAGAUUUCUGCAGCUGUUAUGGGUAUUGAAUUCUCGUAUGCUGCUGAAACUGCCUUCGUUUCCCCAACUUUGCUGAAAAUUGGUAUAGACCAUCAGCACAUGACAUUAGUAUGGGCUUUAUCGCCUUUAGUUGGAUUUAUUGCGUGUCCUUUCCUGGGAUCGAUGAGCGAUCGCUGCAAGCUAAAUUUGGGUCGAAGAAGACCUUUCAUAAUUUUGCUGUCUAUUGGAGUUGUUUUUGGACUGCUUUUAAUACCGAAUGGUGAACAAUUGGGUUAUUGGUUUGGUGAUGACUAUCCAGAAUCACCUGCUUCUGUAAUAAAUGAAACUAAUAAAAGUUUAAAUAUGCUUCCACAUCGCGUGACCGCUUCACAAAAUGUAAUAAAUCCUGUACCACGGCAUACACAUCCCUGGGGAAUUUUUUUCACUGUUUUGGGUACAGUGUUACUAGACUUCGAUGCGGAUGCUUGCCAAAGCCCAGCUCGAGCUUAUUUGUUGGAUAUAUGUCUUCCGGAAGAUCAUGUUAAAGGACUUUCUACUUUUACAAUAAUGGCUGGUUUAGGCGGAUUUAUGGGUUACUCAAUGGGAGCCAUCGACUGGGAUACAACAAUAAUAGGCCAAAAACUAGGUGGUCAUAUUAAAACAGUGUUCACUUUGGUUACUUUUAUAUUCACAUUUUGCGUAACACUAACAAUUACAAGCUUUAAGGAAAUUCCGUUAUGGGUUAUUGCUGAUAAUUCAAAUGACAAACGUCAAAAAGGAAAUAUUGUGAGUGAGGACAUGGCUGAAUAUGGUGCAAUAAAUCAACAAACAUGUAACGAUGAGGAGAUUAAUGACAUAACGGAAAUAGUGGAUAAUUUAACAAACCGAAUGUGUUCAAUGGAAUCAAUUACAUCUAAAGAAAAAGAAGAAAAUGGAAUUUGUGAAACCCAUAAUGAAGAACCGAUAUCGAACUUGAAUGUUAACAACGCCCCCACUCAGAGCGUCGAAAAUUUGUCACACUACUUAUACUCUAUUGUAUAUAUGCCACAUUCUUUACGAAUGAUUUGCUUAACAAACUUGUUUUGCUGGAUGGCUCAUGUCUGCUAUUCUUUAUACUUUACGGACUUUGUUGGUGAAGCAGUAUACAUGGGAGACCCAAAGGCUAUUGAAGGUAGCAACUCACAAAUACAAUACGAAGAAGGCGUACGUUUUGGUUGCUGGGGAAUGGCUAUGUAUUCGUUAUCCUGCGCUUGCUACUCAUUGGUGAUAGAAAAAUUAAUUAAAAAAUUUAGCGCAAAAGUGGUAUACGUAGGCGGAUUGUUUUUCUAUAGUGUGGGUAUGGCAUUAAUGGCGUUAACUCGAGCUAAAUUCAGUGUGAUCAUAUUUAGUUGGACAGCAGGAGUUAUGUACUCUACAUUAUUUACUAUGCCUUACCUUCUAGUGGCGCACUACCACUCUAUGGGAACCUUUGAACUUGAUGGAUCUGGUACUCCUAAUUUAAGCUCCAGUACCCGUGGAUUGGGAACAGAUAUUGCAGUUGUUAGCAGCAUGGUAUUUCUGGCGCAGUUUAUUCUUUCUAUUUGCAUGGGUACCAUAGUAAGUAUAUCUGGAACAACGACUGCCGUAGUUGGGAUGGCAAGUUUUCUAAGCUUUUGUGGAGCAAUAGCCGCCACUAAAAUUAUGUAUUUAGAUUUAUAAACUUUAUAACGCUAAAUAUAAAUGUCCAAUUCUACACUUAUUCUCAAUAUAUGUAUAUUAACGAAAAUUUGUUCAUGAAUAGUCAGUGAAUAAAAAACGAAAUAUAAAUAAUCGCA